GCGGCCAAGAAGAUGGCGAUGAUUGGAGGGUUGUGCUCUUGUGUGGUAGUAGGUUGUCUGUUGCUGGUCAUUCUGAUACUGAAACGGCGCGUGUUUAACAUCUACACCAAUGACGAGCACAUCAUCGAUCUGUGCAUGGGCGUACUGUGGAUGUACGCAGGCGCCCUUGUCAUCACGUUCACAGGCAAGUAG